AUGGCAAGACGGCAACGAGUACCGCGCCAUAAAGAACACCGGCGGAAACGAAAUAAAAAUCCCAAAUUGUCUCCUUUUCAACGGGAACAACAACGGGCCAAACUCGCCAAUCAACCACCGAUUACAUCUAUUAAAGGUAGUCAACGGGAUUAUCCCGUUAAUCAGAGAGGAGUGAUUCAGUAUCUUAUGGCCAAACGAGAGCGGCAACUGGAGAAAAAGCGAUUACGAGAAGAAGCAGCAGCAGCAGCAAUAGCUGCUGCAGCAGAAGAGGAAAAAGAAAAUGAAAAAGUGGAAUUAACAGAAAAUGAGGUUGGAAGUAAUACAUCAUUAGAUGAAGAGACGGUGAGUUGUGGUUCAUCUUCUGCUUCAGACUCCAUUCUCCAAGAUGAUGAGAUGGAAGAGGAGAAAAAGAAAGAAGAAGAAGAAAAAAAAGCCCCUAAGAAAAAGAAAGGAGGUGUAAUGAAAAAAAAGAAAUCUCUAGAAGAAGAAAAGGAGAAUGCGAAUGAACCAUUAGUAUCCAAGAAAAGUAAAAAGGAGAGUCUUUCAUCCAAGACAAAGAAAACUUCAAAACCAAAACCAGUAGAGAUAGUAACAUUAAACGAUCAAUUUGCCGCGACACUAGCCCCUCCCAUUGCGGCCUUCCGUACACAAACCGAUAGUCAAGCGGGUGGUGAUGGAAGUCAGCAGGAAAACAAUGCACAAACCAUCAUUGCAAAGAAAAAAGAAAAGAAACAUCGUAAAAAGGUAGAAGCAAGAAAAGAACGUGUACGACAAAUGUUGAUUGAGACAGAGAAACAAUUGCAGGAUCAGUUAUCGCUUACAAAAACAGGAAAAAAACGAAGGCGGGGAGAGUCUGUGGAUGCCAAGGAUGCCGCCUUUGAGAGAAAACUUAUACAAAUGCAGAAGGAAAAGGCAGCAAAGGAGGCAUUAGAAAAACGAGAAGCCGCAAAGGAAAAACAAAAGGAUGAUGAAAAUAGUCAAAAGAGUAAACGUAAUCGUCGUAAACAAAUUUCCUUUACAGAUAAUAAAGAAGAGACAACAGAAGAUGCCCCACAUAGACCUAUGCGUUAUCCAAAUGAUAAGGGAUCUAAUAAACCCCGUGAGUUUUAUGAAUUGGUGGAUGUUGUGCGGUAUGGAGAUCGAGUGGAGGCACCGCCGGUGUUUGAUGCGGUGCCGCGCCACGAUGCCUCCAUCACUCGUUUAGCUCAACGACUGGAGAACACAACGAAAAGUACAAUAAACCGAAAAGGUACGUCUACUGCGGCUGGGUCAUCAUCCUUAUCAUCAAAGGAAGAACGAUUAAAACUACUCUCCUCGGUUGGUGGACUUGGAGAACAGAAGCGAUUGGAGCGAUUGGGUCUCGCACCUGCUGGGGCUGUUGGUCGUGUGAGUACCGCAGGUGGAGCGAUGAAACUCUCUAAAGAAGAAGAGAUGCGGCGAUUACGUGAAGGUGUGAUGGAGGCAUAUCGUCGUAAUAGACGAGCAGAGGUGGUAUCACGUAAAGGAGUGGACAUGCAACACCAAUUCCCACUGUUUUCGUAA